UCUAUCUCCUGACCUAGUGAUCCGCCCGCCUUAGCCUCCCAAAGUGCUGGAAUUACAGGCGUAAGCCACCGAGUUCGGCCUACUCUGCUUUUCUGAAGUGGAAUUAUCUUCCCCUGAAACGUUUCUCCUUUAUUUUAAAUGACCAUUAGUAAUUUGUGUACCCAAACCUGUCAUCAAGGCUUAUCUUUAACCUUGAAAAUCCCUUUUUAAAGGUAACUCCUUUAAUUCCCAUUAGUUGAGUCUCUCAUUCCUCCGCACGCAAAUACUUAAAAAUAAGUAAUUUCAAGAAGUCAAACUCACAAAGCUUUAACAAGGUGGCAUCUAGCUUGGAAGUCAAGUGUUCAAGGCCGCAGUCGGGACAUCCAAGAGCUCUUUACAUCCUAAUUACAACACCGAAUCCAGACUCACUGCAUACCCCGUCCCGUAUAUAAUGCAAAACUUGAUUCUGCAAGUUCCUUUCUCAGGCGGUGAAACUUCGAGGUCCUCUCCAAGGAGACCUCUGAUAAAUGUUUAAGAGUGAUCCUUUCUCGUUUGCCUCCAUUGCAACGCCUCCGCUGAUGGUAAAAACUACUCCCUCCGCUACUGCGGGGUGGCAGUGACGUCAACGAAUUAGCUGACCUGUUUUUUCGGGCUUCGCGGACCUAGGUGUCCCGAAGGCCGAGAGUGAGUGGGAGCGGGGAGGCUGCGGCUCCUCCUGUCCCGGGCGGAGCCCUGCGUCGCGGGCCUGGGCAGUCCCCGCCAGCAGCCUUGACGUCUGCGUCCCCAGCGGUGCUGCAGCCACCCAGCCCUGAGGCGAGCGAGUGGGUGUGUGCGUGGGGGGUCGGCCAAACUUCCUGUCCCGCGCUCGAGCUGCUUCCGGCGGGAGCCGGAAGACGUUGUGUGUGGACGGAAUUCGGGACCGACAGACGGCCGGCCGGCUUCCCUGAACUGGAAGGUUAAAUUGAUUAACCACCUAAUACAACAUCUUACAGGAAGAACAUAGUAUUUCCUAGAGGAAUAUGAACAUAACAGGAAGGUAUCAUUGGCUCUGAAUUAAAUUUGAACUUGUCCCCUGAAUAGCUACAGGUUUUGGAAGCUGAAUCAAUGUUAUCAGAUGAGUUAGAAUCCAAACCAGAGCUCCUGGUACAGUUUGUUCAGAAUACAUCCAUCCCAUUGGGACAGGGGCUUGUAGAAUCAGAAGCUAAAGAUAUUACUUGUUUGUCCCUCCUUCCUGUGACUGAAGCCUCAGAAUGCAGUCGGCUAAUGUUACCAGAUGAUACUACAAAUCAUUCUAACUCCUCCAAGGAGGUCCCUUCCUCAGCUGUUUUGAGAAGCCUUCGGGUGAAUGUAGGUCCAGACGGAGAGGAGACGAGAGCUCAGACUGUACAGAAAUCCCCGGAGUUUUUGUCCACUUCAGAGUCUUCUAGCUUGUUGCAAGAUCUACAGCCAAGUGAUAGCACUUCUUUUAUUCUUCUUAACCUAACAAGAGCAGGUCUGGGCUCUUCAGCUGAGCACUUAGUGUUUGUACAGGAUGAGGCAGAAGAUUCAGGGAAUGAUUUCCUCUCCAGUGAGAGCACAGACAGUAGCAUUCCAUGGUUCCUCCGGGUUCAAGAGUUGGCCCAUGACAGUUUGAUUGCUGCUACUCGUGCACAACUGGCAAAGAAUGCAAAAACCAGCAGCAAUGGAGAAAAUGUCCACCUUGGUUCUGGUGAUGGGCAACCAAAAGAUUCUGGGCCCCUUCCUCAGGUGGAAAAGAAGCUCAAGUGUACAGUUGAAGGCUGUGACCGGACAUUUGUAUGGCCAGCUCACUUUAAAUACCACCUCAAGACUCAUCGAAAUGACCGCUCCUUCAUCUGUCCUGCAGAAGGUUGUGGGAAAAGCUUCUAUGUGCUGCAGAGGCUGAAGGUGCACAUGAGGACCCACAAUGGAGAGAAGCCCUUUAUGUGCCAUGAGUCUGGCUGUGGUAAGCAGUUUACUACAGCUGGAAACCUGAAGAACCACCGGCGCAUUCACACAGGAGAGAAACCUUUCCUUUGUGAAGCCCAAGGAUGUGGUCGUUCCUUUGCUGAGUAUUCUAGCCUCCGAAAACAUCUGGUGGUUCACUCAGGAGAGAAGCCUCAUCAGUGCCAAGUCUGUGGGAAGACCUUCUCUCAGAGUGGAAGCAGGAAUGUGCAUAUGAGAAAGCAUCACUUGCAGCUGGGAGCAGCUGGGAGUCAAGAGCAGGAGCAAACUGCUGAGCCACUAAUGGGCAGUAGUUUGCUUGAAGAGGCUUCAGUACCCAGUAAAAACCUGGUGUCUAUGAAUUCCCAGCCCAGCCUUGGUGGAGAGUCCUUGAACCUACCAAAUACCAAUUCUAUCCUGGGAGUUGAUGAUGAGGUGCUUGCUGAAGGAUCCCCACGUUCCCUGUCUUCAGUGCCUGAUGUGACACAUCACCUGGUGACCAUGCAGUCAGGGAGGCAAUCAUAUGAAGUUUCUGUCUUAACUGCAGUAAAUCCACAAGAGUUACUAAACCAAGGAGAUUUAACUGAAAGACGGACAUGAGCGUGGGUGCUGACUCCUGGAAGAGCAGCUCUAUCUGAUCUCAAAAUGCAUAAUACUGGGAACAGGAUGCCAUAGCCCACAACAGAACCAGAAUGAAUCUCUGAAGGACACGACUCUGCUUUUGCCACUCUUCCUCUUUCCUGGUAUAGAAGAUGGAUGUAGCAGAGCUUCUUUUCUAACUACCAUUUGAUCCAGACAAGGAAUGAAGCAGUGACUGUGGGCUGGGAAACUGUACCUACCUCUCUUCCCAAUGCAAAAUUCUGGGAUAGACCAAAAGUGAAUUUGAUUAUGUGUUGGCUGAAGUUCUUCAUUCUGACUGUUGAGGGGAGGUUUUCCUUUGAAGAGUUUUCAUCCCAGACUCAGCUGUCUUUUCACAUGGAUGAAAUAAUUCCUGCUACCAACAACAGACCUUCACCAGGAAGUUGAGUUUUCAAGAUGCCUUGUUGCUUUGAAGAAGGGAGUGAUGUCAAUUCUCUUGUUACAUUCUCCCUUUAGCAACCUGAGUAAGAGACUCUGCCACUGGGCUGCAAAAAAAUAAAUUACUUGAAUCUCCCCUUGGCCCAGGCUGAGGUACUAUCUUGUCCUAUACACUUCUACUUGGUCACUUUGCUUUCUUCGUUAAUGGAACAUACAGUAGCAUGUUGAGGGAUUUCAUGUUUUUGUUUUUUUAAAGUUAAAAAUUACAUGAUGCAGAGAUUCAGGUUUUCCUUUAAAUAAACAAAACAGCCCAGUCA